AUGUUUGCGAUCAUGCGGUCGCUAUGGCGAUUUCGAAUGUCAAGAAUCUGGAGACUUCGUCGGUGCAAAAUAAUAUUGGUAUUUGUUUUUGUGCUACUUUUUGCCAAUUGGGAUCAUCUGGUUAAAAAUGCGGAAAACAACGAACGGAUGGCGGAACUACCUGGCUGGGAACGCAACAAGUCCCUGAAAAUAGGAUAUUAUAUGGACCCAAUGAAAAACACAACUCUUCUGAUGCCCAAGAAUUUUUGUCGCAGCAAAAUUCUUGUGGUAAUUGCCGUGUGCUCCAGUCUAGAGCACUUUUCUAAGCGGCAGACUAUCCGAGAAACCUGGGGAAAAACGAAAGAGUUUAACUACGGAACUUUUCAAAAAUUACAUAGUCAUCUCGAUGGAAAAUACCUGCCUAUUAUGACAGCUCGUCUGAAGUUGUAUCUAAUAGGAUCUGGUAAAUCGUUGAGCGCCAAAAUAAGGAUUGUAUUCAUCGUAGGGCGAGCCAAGCAAGACUCCCUUCUGGAAUCCGAGAAGUUAUACAGAGAGUCAAAUGAUUACAACGAUAUAAUUCAGGAGAACUUCGUAGACAGCUACCACAACCUGACCAUAAAAUCCGUAAUGGUCCUGAAGCACAUCAGCCGAAGUUGCGCUAGGACCUCUGCCUUCCUUCUGAAAUGCGACGAUGAUAGCUUUGUAAAUGUGCCCAACCUGAUCCAUUUCCUACUGGGUGGCACAAUACCUCUCUAUAAGGACACUGUGGAGUAUCACAAUCUUGCCAACUACAAAGUUAUGUCGCCGUGGAUUCGGCUAAACUCCACCAGAGGAGUGAUGUACGGCAACAAGUUCUGCAACAUGGAAGCCAACAGCGAUGCGUCGAGUCCUUGGUACAUGCCGGAAUACAUGUUCGCGGGAGCCAAGUAUCCACAGUACCUUUCCGGAACCGGCUAUCUGCUCUCCAUCGAUGUGGUGCAGCGGCUGUACGAGGAAGCGCUAACCACACCCCUCGUCCACCUGGAGGACGUCUUCGUAACUGGAAUUUGUGCAGAGAAAGCGGGAAUCCAGCGAAGCCAUCAUCCACUCUUCAACUACCUCCACGGGAAGCCACUGUGCACCCUGAAGGGAAUCAUAACACUGCAUCCGAUACCCGAGGACAAAAUGUUACAGGCCUGGAACUUUGUUUCCAACUUCAACACCAAAUGUCCUCCACCAGAUCGGCAUGGAAUCAAAAGGUUUAUUACUGAGAAAUCGCACUGUUAGCAUCAUCCACUGAAGUGGUCUUUAUUCGUCAUAAGAUAGCUUAGAAAUACACAUUUAAAUUAAUAUCAAUCUAUUCCUCUAUUGAUAAAUUUAUUUGCAAUGGUUUUUCGUAUUCCAUUAAUUAUCUGGCUAUAUAUUUAUAAAUAAACAUUUAGGGGAGAUACAAAAUUGUUCUUCUUAAAUUGCU